AUGGUUUCGGGGCCCGCCCGGCGAUCCUCGAAAGGGCGCGCUACUGCGGUGUCUGAAGCAUUUCACACCACGAGGGCACCACGGAAGUCAUCAUCAAAAAAUGGGUCCACGAGAAAGACCGGGAUGCCAGCGCCCUCGCCAAGCCGACGGAGCAGCGCAUCCUCCAGCGACUCCACCACCUCAGUCGACCCAGUAGUAUCGGUGGCAGUGCGCCGCCAUGUCCUCAGUACGGCCCGAGCCUACUUAGCGCAGAAGCGCGAGCAGCGUGGCCAGGAGCAAAUGAAGACCAUCGCCAUGCAUUGCACCUACAUGGCUUCACGCAGGACUUCGAAAGCUGGGCGAUUCAUCCGAAAUCUUCGGGAGAACGCCGCCGAGCAAAAGCUCCUUCGGCCCUCGCUCUCGGCCGCUGUUUCAGGUGACAUGGACGAUCAUGAGUUCGAAGUCGAAACUGCCGCGGCUUCUGACAGAAUGCUAGACGAGGUCUCUCAGCUGGCUGCCCAACUGGACAAACUCUCCUGCACUCGAAGUGCCAAUGAGGCCAUCGUCAACAUUUCUGAGUCCAUCAGCGCUUGCACGGACCUUCUCAGUCGUUUGCACGCCACUGGCCUUGCACAGGCACUUCACCUUGAUCGCAUUGCAGAAGACCUGCAGAACGCCCAAGACGGGUAUGGCGUGUCCAAGGCCUUGUUACAAGAGCUGCAAGAGGACAUCGCUCGUAUGCGGAAGGCGAUGGAGUCCAUGCAGAUCGAGCAAGGCGGAGACGUAGCAGGCAUCCGCGCCCGGCAAAGCUCUGAGAAGCCCGAGACGGGCGCUGAGGGCAUUGCGCCGGUCUUGCAGAGUCUUGAGCAGAAAACGACCUCUCUCCUCACUGGUGCGGACGAUGUCCCGACCUUCGACGAGCUGGACGAUGAUGCUACGCGCCUGCUGGAGGAGGUCGAGCGGGCCACAAGCAGCAGGGAGCCUUCCACGCGCGUGCUGGUGGAGAUCGACCCCGACAACCAGGAGGAGGAGCAGCUCUCUUGCUCAGAGUCCGAUGCUCCGAAUGCUUUGCUGGAGCAGGUCGAGACAAAGGCAAGCACGAUGGAGAUUAACCUGGAAGGGGAAGGAGUGAAGGAGCUCCGACGAAGCCUGCGGCCCUCCCCGACGCCCUUUGACGAAGGCCCAGAAGAUGCUGAGACCCCGGACGUUCUGGCUGCAAGUCCUGAGCCUGACCAUGACAGCGCUGACAUGGCAGAGGCGAUGUCGGCCCCGGCCCCUGACCCGCUUGAGCCCAGUGGCACUGGGUCAGCACUGGAGAUGCCAACGGAUGAGGAUGUCCUGCCGGUACCUCCUUGCCAAAGCAACCGGAGCUCCCACAGCUCCACGAGCUCUGUGCCGCGCUCUUCCGGCUCUGGGCCGCUGCCGAGGCUACUUCCCGAAUUCGAGGCCUCCAGUUCCGACAGCAGCCCUGCAAACUCCGUCGAUCGGGCCGUCCAUGAGUUCUGGCGAGACUUCUGUGUCGAGUCGGAUCUACCACCUGGAUUCCUUGCAGAUGCUGCAUCACCGUCCUGUACUGCCGCGGACCUGAAAGGGGUGGUGGCUCUCAGCGGCUGA